CAUAAAAUAGGUAGUGAGAUCAUCUAGACAGCCAAGUGUCCAACUCUACAAAGCUGCUGAGAGAGCCACUGUUAUGGAGGACAGCAAACAGCACAUCAUACUGGUGCAUGGUUACCUCCUAAGAGGGCCAGGCUCAAACAUUUACUCCUGUAACUUGGCAAAGACAUGGAAGGCUCAGGGACAUGCUGUUACUGUGUAUUGUCAGGACCCCCAGGCUAAGCUAUACCCCUGGGUAGAUGAUUUCAUUGGACCAAAUGAGUGUCUCCCCGAAGCGAGGAUCUCACUAGGCAAGGUGAGGGUGGUAGUGCCAGACAUUGGGGGUCUGCUGCCUGUCUACAACUAUGACAAAUACCCUGGCUACACUGUCAAGACCAUUCCUCAAUGCACAACUGAUGAAAUUGAAGCACAUAUUAGGAAGAUGUCUGAGGCUAUACGUAGAGGCAUCAACUUAUGGGGGUGUGAUCAAAUAAUAGCCAAUCACGCACUGCUUUCUCCUGUCAAUGUUAAACGAGCAGUUGAGGGCUUAAAUGUCCCAUUUAAAAUCAAAAUCCAUGGGAGUGCUUUAGUAUUCACACUACAGCCAUUCCCAAAGUUCAAACCUUAUGCCAUUGAAGCUUUCAGAGAAUGUAGCCACAUAAUUGCAGGAACACAUCAUGUUGUUCAACAACUGAAAGGCAUAUUUGAAGAUGAUUAUCUUCAACUCAAUGAUAAACUGAUAAUCAUCCCACCAGGCAUGGACCCAGAUUUAUUCAUCCCAUCAACAAACAUGCACGAGAGUUUGCAAGAAUUCAGGGCAACAAUAAAAAAUCAUAUCCAAACUGAAGAGUACAAAGGGAGAAAUGCAGCUAUUAUUUCCUAUCCUGCAGCUGAGAAAAACAUCCACAAUGAACUGAAAAAACUUGGAACUGGUUAUAAUAUUCGGGUAUGUGAUUCUGAUCUCUUGGAAAGAAUUCCCGAUUUACAACUGGAAGAUCCCAUAAUUAUAUACUUUGGAAUGAUGAUGCCAUUCAAAGGUGUGGCUGAGAUUCUGUUGUCAUGGUUACAAGUAACAAAGAGAUAUCACAGAGCUAAAUUAAUUCUUGUAGGAUUUGGUGAAUACAGAGAACACCUGGAGACAAUGAUCUAUGCACUUAAACAUGAUGAUAUAGCAUUAUUUGAAUCAGCUGCUCUGAGCCCUAAUGAUCAGGGGGUUACCUUCUUGGAACAAGGGAUUGAUGUGAGGCAAUAUUUUCCUCGUACUCUCAGCAAUAAGGAUGGUCGAAGCGUUCUCCAAACUUCACAGCUCAAUAGACAAGGAAAAAACACCUGCGACAAGGAAACAAAUGGGCAUAAUGGUGUUGAUAUUUUGGAAAAAAUAUUGGUGACUGGAUAUCUAAACCAUGAUGAGCUGCACUGGUUGCUGCCCCUAGCUGACAUAGCAAUCAUGGCACCCAAAGGCCCAGAGGCAUUUGGUAUGGUGUCUGUAGAGGCCAUGUCUGCAGGUGUGCUUCCCCUCCUGGCAGCCCAUUCUGGUCUACUAGAUGUACUGGAUACAGUGAAACAACUGGACCCUGAGCUGGAGGAACAAAUGCAUAUCACAGCAGUAGCUGGGGGUCAAUUCAAAGCUAUGCAUGGACAGCAUCUAGUAGAGGUUCUGCCUGGCAAGAUCUGUACUGCACUGGAAUUCCUCUACCCAGUGGAGCAGGGUGGUUUGAAUGACCAUACAAAGAGACACAGUGUUGGACGCCGCCUUAGAGACAUUGCCACCAAAACAUGGUCCUGGGAUGGUAUAUGUAAAGCCUUGAUAACCCAAUGAGAACUUAUUUUAACUUCAUAUUUUACUGGAUGCUUUCAAAACGAUGGGCUAGCAUAAGAGGAAAUGAUUUGCACUGCUGUAAUUACAUUUCAAUUAACACUCCAUGGGAUGGAGGAUAGAUGGUGCUGACCAUUUUUCAAACACCCAGCACAAUGUUUCACAAUUGAGACCUUAAAAACAAAGUAAGAGAAUCCAGUGAAUGAAAUGUUACUAUUAGAACCAGGGUACCUUUUUCUGUUGUUUCAUCCAGGGCAAGUUCGGCAGUAUAGAGUCCACUUCCCCUUCUGUGCAGUAGGGCUGUUGGUGACAUGCCAUUCAGUGCCUCCUGCUGGAAAAUACAACACAAAAGAUAUAUAAGGGUUAUGCACUGGAAGGUUUUGGAUACAAUCUUUAUCCCAAGUGUA